AUGCUACACCAAUGGUGCCAAUGUUAUUGGCGCGCGCUCCACGGACAAAGCAGUUCGCAUGGGGAAGGAUUGAAUGCUAUGUUCCAAGUGCUGAUCGCUAUCACACAGCAAAGCCAAGCCCAAACCCAGACACAGGCGACUCAGGCGCCCCGCAAGAUUGGUCCGUCAGCAUCUGCCGCCUUUCCUGUGCCUGCGCUGGGAGCGUAUCUGAAUCAGCUGGAUUUCCGGAAUGUAUUCAGCCAAACGUUGUUUUACGACAUGCUGGGGCACACGCGAUCUUCACAGACGUCAGUAUCCACGGAGCUGCAGGCCGGCUUGUCCGAUGCGUGUCCGGAUAUGGCGAGGGCAGUGAACACCUGGCAAUAUGCCAUUAGAAACCUCAAGAAGGCGGCUGCCCCAAAAUUGGAUGCGGGUACCAUGCAGUACAUCACUCAGAUUGAGGCGGACACCAAUGCCUUUGCAGCUCAGAUGAGCGAUCAGAACUUUCCUCUUAUCAUGUCCAACAACCGGCAGGCUGUGGUCCUUAUCGCCUUGGCAAUCGUCAAGCUGCGAAGGUCUAGGCUUUUGCAAGAAGAUACAGAGGGCAUCCUCGACAUGCUGAGCAUGAGAGCGGGUGAGCCCAUUGCUGGAGGUGACAUCGUCAAAACGGCAUUGGCCCUUGAGUCACAGAUUGCGCAAGGGAGCAUCAGUGAUGGUAGCGGCAUCAAGUCGAGCAAGCUUUUUGCAGAGUGGGAGACCGCGUGCCCUUCUGAAGUGGCGGAUUUCCGAAGGGCAGAAGCAGACAUAUGCUCGGCCAGGGAUGACUGGUGCCUUUCAGAGACGUCUCAUGAAUCUGAAUGCGGCAGUGUUGAGGGUGUGUCUGAAGCCCAGGGCCCAUCAGAUGGAAGCAUCGGGCCUGCGAGUUCUCCUCCUUGCACUAGUAUUGCUCCAGUAUGCUCUGAAAUGCAGGAGUUGCCGGUUGCUGAAGGGGGUGAGGCGCGAGUGUCCCACCAUGCUAUAGCUGCAGAGGCGAAGGUUGCGGUCAAUCCGUCAAUGCCACUGCGAAAGCCAUCUAGGUCUACACCGACAAGGAGCAAUGGCAAGCGUAGCACAGACACCGAGCGUCGCUCCCCAGGAAAUGCUCCAAAGCGAUCCUCGUCCUUGGGCUGCCUUGUGGGGCCGCUACAGUCAGGAGGGCCUUUGGCAACCGAUGGGGAUCCACUUUGGAAUUCUCCAAAGUUGGUCAGAGGUAGCUCCGGAACGAAGAAGAUGGACUUAGCUGACGCGCGAAGAGAGGAGGCAUGUGUCAUGCUGGGAGGCAAACCACAGACGGACACAAGGCACUGCAGGCUGGUGCAAGCUUGUCGCAAUCAGCUCUUCUUGUUGUGCAGUGGCGAGGUCGUGAUGCCGGAAACCGUGCACUCAAGGCCUCUGGAUCCCCGCCAGCUCCGGCGCCUGACAUUCGUCGAGGCGAAAGAGGCCGGUUUGGCCUUGCAAUCGAGGUGCCCACCUGGCGAGAACGACCUUGAUCCCAGUGACUGCUGGGAUGUGGAUUUUUCGCUGGAGGAAGCUGUGCGCCCGGAGAUCCGACUCUAUGCAGGGACGCGGCCGGAUGUGACGCUUUGCUGCAAUGGCCGGAAGCUGCUGGCGCAUCGGCGAAUACUCUCUGAGGUCAGCUACUUUGAGUCCCUAUUUCAAGGUAGCUUCGCAGAGCGGGGAACAGAUCUUCUUACAAUCGAUGAGGAUUUGGAUGCUUUGAUCGAAGUUAUCCGAUGGAUCUACUGCCGAAGUGCCACAAGUGACAAGGAUAGAGCGUUUGACCUGCUGCGCUUGGCGGAGUUCUAUGGCAUUGAUGGGCUAAUUGACCAUGCAGCGAGGGUCUUGGCAUCCCCCGCACUCAGCAGUGAUGCAAUGGCUUCAAUCCUGCCCGGGAUCCGUGCGGUUUCCCAAGGCUCCUGCUCAGGCAACAUUGCCUACCAAUCCUACUUUUGCACCGGCAAGUUCCUCUACCGUCGACCAGUCAGAGAUCUUCUCGAAAGAGGCGCAGGUCCCCUGCCCCAGGGCAAAGAAUUGCUCCUGGGUCCUGGUCUUCGCCGGCAGAAGCUCAGCUUUUGCCAGCACCAACUAGUGCGCCACCAUUGGAGCCAAAAGCCAAAGGCCCUCCUUUGUUGUCGUCGGCGUCGCACUUGGUUUUUCCCCCCGCUGUUUGGUCUCCGGUCCCUGAACUGA